AUGGGCCACAAUUUACAUUUUAGAAAUGCAUGCACUAACAUUAUUAAUCACAUUGCACAGGAAAUGAGAAAGACAGUGAUUAAAACAAUUAUUGAAGCAAAAUCAAACAUAUUAUUAUUAAUGACAGAUGAGAGCACAACAAUUAGCCCUUUAUCAUCUUUAAUAAUUUAUUUACAAACCAAACUGCUUAACAAGGCAGAGCCCACAAAUAUUUUCAUUGAUAUAGUUAAGCUGGACAGUGUUACUGCUGAAGAUAUUUGUAACACAUUGCUAAAUUGCCUGGAAUCCAUGGGAUUUUCUAAAGAAUUUCUGAAUGACAAUCUUAUUUCAAUUGCAACAGAUAGAGCAGCAGUGAUGAUGGGAAGAAGAAUAGGAGUUGUUACCUUAAUGAAUCAGCAUUUCCCACAGAUUUUGGUUUGGCAUUGUGCUAACCAUAGGCUCGAGUUAUCAGUUAAUGACGUAAUAAAAAGAGACUUCCCAUCUCAUGUGAAUCACUUCCCUUCAGUCAGAAUCUUGGGCACCAGAUGGGUAGCAUCGAGCUUCAGAAUUGUGUCAGCAGUGUGGAAAAACUUUAAAGCUUUGGUUGCUCACUUCACAACUGCAGAAGGUGGUCAAAGCAGGGAAUCAACUGACAGAGAAUUAUCAGAAUUAACUCUUGAGCUACAGUUAAGAGACAUCACACUGUAUUCUGCCCAACAGAAGAUCAGAAAUCAGCUGUUGGUGCUUGAAGAAAGAAAACUCAGCUGUGGUCCUCAUUACCGUAAAGCUCUCAAAGUAGUCCAAGAGCUGAACUUCAGACGAAUUCCACUGGAAAAGGGGGGCAACUAUCAGACAUUUUGA